AUGAAUGCAACAUUCGGCAAAUUUGCUCUAAAUUCAAUAAUCUACAAUAUUGUCUUGUAUCAUAAUGCUCUACAGCAACUCGGUAAGCACAAAGAACUCGACUGUAACACAAAUUCUGUUCAAGGUGAUAAGAUUACAAAUAGAGAGAAGAUUCCUGAAGAUACUUUAUCUUUAGAAAGAAGAGCUAAAGUUAUUGCUGGCUUGAGGCGAUACACAACCGGCGUCUCCAUCGGCGUCUCCACCUUAAAGUCUCUGGGUAAACUCUGCGGCCUGAUGCCAGGCUGCAGUCCUACUUCCACGCAACUUCACGCCGUCGUCAAUCUGUCAGCAGGAAUGGGCGAUUGUCCUGGUACGAAGCAGCAGCCGUCGCCGACUGAUAAGCUGAAGGAGGCUUUGAGCUCGAAUGAUGCCUUUCAGAGACAUUAUUUGGAAUUAGCAGAACUAGCAAUGGGUACUUACAAGCACAUAGGGCGCAUUAGAAGCGCUCGGCUGAUCGGUUUAGAUAUCGCCAGAUUUUCAUCGGAUAUCGGACAGAUGAAUAAGGCCAUUGUAUUUUUAAAUGAUGCCCUAAGGGCUUUUAGUGAUGAAGGAUGGAGGACUUUGGUGGUGCAGACACAACUCGAACUUGCUGCUUGUUAUAAGAAGAUGAACGACUUGGAAAGGUACAUCCGAGUAUCAGCCGCCAUAUCGAGCUCUCAAGAACUGGAAAUUCUAGUCCGUCAUUUCUACUUCGAAGAGAUGACAAAAUCCCUAAAACAACUACUAGCGAAAAAAUCAACUUCUCUCAGCGAUCAACCCCAAUCGAACAUCCUGUCCGACCUCUCGGAUGUCUUUACAAUAAAAUCUUUAAAAUUAAUGCUGCCUGAUACCUGUACUGUGAUGCAGGACGAGACCGUAGAGACUGAAUUGAGACUGUAUAGUAGAUUUCCGAAGGAGAUCUAUGCGGAUUCGGUGGCUGUUUCUUUGGAGUUUAAAAAAGGGUUGGAUAACAAAAGUUGUAAGAAGAGGGAUGAAAAGCCGAAGUCGACGGAGGAGAAAAGUAGUCGGGUUAAUGGGGAUGCGGAGGAUGAGGAGGGAUGUGAUAGUAAAGUUUUAAGGAAUAUCAUAACCGCAGACGACCUCAAACAAGAAAACAUCCUGGUCGCCCGCAUCAGCAUCGCAUCACAGCUCGAUUACAGGCAGGACGGCGUCUUGGGCUCCGUCAGCGCCUCGUGUCAAAACACGCGAACUUUAAGACGUUCUAGUAGCACCAAAAACAGAAAAUCGUCUGAUACUACCCAUCGGCAGGAUUUCACCAUCAGUCUUACGAAUAAUGGUGGUGAUAAAGGACAUUUGGUGGUUAUACCAGGGCUGAAUAUUAUAAAGUUGGCUAUUAAGGCGACGAGGGUUGGGGUUUUUAGACUGGGCCAAGUGUCGGUGGUCGUUGGAGGUGGACUGGAGUUUUUGUCGCAGGUGCUGAAGCCUGGUUUGGAGUUUGAGGUUGUUACGGAACCGGCCAAGGCGGUGUUGGAUAAGGUUGAUUAUUGUCUGUUGGCAGGGUUUCCGCAAAGGAUGGUCCUUACAGUAAACAGCGGCAGUUUCAGAAUCGCCGAAAACAGCUUCAUCACCAUGAAAAUGUCCAAAGGGCUGCUUAUGAAAUGCGAAAACUCUGAGGACGAAUUUUCAAGAGAAUUCAAAAUUCCCUUAGAAAUCAGCGAGCCCUUUCAGAGCACCAAAGUCGAUUUACUGGUUUUGGCGGAGCUGCCGCCGAGGAAAGACGAUCGAUCUGUAGAACAUAAGGUUUCGAUGUUAUGUCCUUGGUCCAGGAAAGAAACAACAGUGCCCCUCCACUUCCCGCCGCCCUUCCUGAGCGUCUGCAGGCUGCACACGUCGCAGGCCAGAAAAUUCGUCCAGGUGUCGGUUCGGGGUCUUCACGAUCAGAAAGUGGCCCUUAAGAGGCCACAACUGGAGUGCAAAGUAGAUGGACUGCUUUUGAGGGAUUUGAAUCCGGGGGCUGAUCAGAUACUGACGAUAACCAACGGAAUAACAGCCUCCUUCAUGUGGGAACUGGAAAUCGAACCACUCCAAAAGCACCAGGCCAACAUAUAA